AUGAAUUAUCUUUCUAUACAGCAACAGAAGCACGCAACAUUCAUGCUCUCGUGUUUGACUCCCUGCACCAGGAAGAUAAUCCUGUUUCUCAGAAGUACUCUGCUGGGAAUUACUCUUUUCAGCAUCCUCUGGACAGAACCUACUCUGGCUGGCUCGAGUUUUUUAAGCCCUGAAUAUAAAAAACCACAGCAACAGAAGGAUCCACGAAGAACCACGGCACCAUUACAUCAUCGAGGCACAGAAAUUUGGGAUCCAGAUGGAGCAGGGGCAGAGGACGACAGAAACAGCGUUGAAAUUAAGUUCAACGUUCCCUCUGAAAUCGGUGUCGAGAUAACCAAAGAAGAGUAUCAAGAAUAUGGACAAGUGCUGGAGAAGAUGCUAGGGGACAUGUGUGAGGAGAAUGCUAAAGGCACUGCCAACCAAGUCAUAAAAGCAGAACUUUAA